AUGGAGACUGGCUUUAAAAAGCAUGUGUUCGAUCGAGUUGUGCUGGCCACUGGAAUCGUCAAUACUCCGAUGAUGCCAGACAUCAAAGGCAUUGAAAAGUUCGAGGGAGAGGCCAAGCAUUCGAUUGAAUUCAAGGACCCAUAUAGAUACUCGGGCAAAAAUGUUUUGCUUGUUGGAAUUGGGGCUACAAGCGCUGACACGCAGUCCUUUCUCAAGCAGGCAAAUGCUCGCUCAAUCACAAUCAGUCAUCGUCAGCAGUUCUACCUGGUCCCAAAAAUGAUCAAGGGCAACGCUUUUGAUCACAGCAUGACGCGCCGUGCCCUCACAAUCUUCCGGAGUUUAGGUGAUUGGUGGCCUAGGGCUUGCGCCAUGGUCUUCACAAACGCUUUGGACAGCGCCCGAAGGAAAGCAUAUCCCUGGCUCAGCAAACAUCCGUCGUUCGUGGCUCCCCGGGUCCUCGCAAGCGCAGAGCAUCGGAUUCCGGUUCUAUCAAAUGAUCUCGCUGAGAACUUGAGGGACGGUAUCACUCGUACGGUUCCUGGGGUGAAGGAAGUUACUGGGCCCAAGUCGGUCACUUUCACAGACGGUACAGUUCUAGACGAUAUUGAUGCCAUCAUCAUCUGCACGGGAUAUGAAUACGACUUCUCGGUCAUUAAAGGCCCAGGUGACCCUACCGACCCUGCGAAAGCGCCCGAUCAUUUUGAGCGCAUCAACGCAGCUCGAUUCAAGGACCCUCAUGUCCAAUUCGCUCGCUUGUAUCGAGGGUUUCUGUCAGAGGAGUACCCUGAAUCACUUGCGUUCAUCGGCCACUUCUUCAUCUUGAAGGCGCCAUUUGUGUUCAAUGACCUCGUCACGAUGGCGCUCGCUAGUCUCUGGACCGGGAAAGUCACUCUUCCCUCUGCCGACGUGAUGACACAAGACAUCAACAGACACUACGACACCGUUGUGGAUAUCCUCGGACGCGGGCCGCUACCCCACCUAGGAUUUAGGAUGUUCGGCAGCGACACUUACACAUGGUUGAACAAGGUUGCAGGAACCGGGGUGACGGAGAGGGUUGGCUGUUUCAGUAGGGAGGCCUGGAAGCUUUGGUGGAGCGACCGAAAAUUCUACAACUUGCUCAUGGACGGUGCGGAUUCGCCGGCGGUCUACCGGCUUUUCGACACGGGGCGGGGCCGGAAGGCUUGGCCGGGAGCCCGCGAUCAAAUUCUGAAGGCUAAUAGGGAGGUGAAGGAAAUGGGCGAGGAGUGGAGGAAGAAGAACAGCGCGAAAUCAAAGUAA